CACCUGUCAAUAGUAUUUACUUGUGUUAGCCGUUUUAUUUAAAUUGUUUUUCUAACAAUAAAUUUCAAAAUGUGAGCGAAAUUAACUUUCUGUAUAAUUUUACUAAUCCGUUAUUCUUCCGCACUCAUGAAGUAACACACCAACAUAGAAUUUAAGGUUAUGUGUAAGCCAGCUAUGGUUUGCCCCAAAGAAGUGAAAUGGUAAAGAGCAGCCCCAAGAACAACAAAUGGAUGCGAAGGUACAGGACAUUUUUCAUCAUCGGGUGCGUGAUUCUAUGUUCGCAGAUAUUUCUCGCAGCCAGAUUUUUAGCUUUGAACAAAACCGUUGAGCCGGAAGAGAACCAAUGGAGACCAUUGAAUAUAUACAAUGAGUUAGAUCAGGAAGUAGAGGCUAAUUCAGCAAGAAGAAGCAAACUCAAUCUUGACGAUGAGGAUGGUAAUGCUGUAUCACCCAAAAGCAAGAUACCGAAUGCAUCCACCAAUCAAACACACUUUCUAAGAUAUGAUGAGUUAGAGUUUGUGCCUCCUUGUCAAAUUACGACUAAGGAGGCCGUUUCAGCAAUAAAUCGAGCAAAGACUCAAAGGUGUAAGCAACUCAUAUCAAACAUUACGUGCCUUUCAUUUGCAAAUCAGUUGUACCCGACUGAAUUGAAGGGGUCUUGUCCUGCGAAUGGAUUCGUUGCUGGUAAAGAACUGGGUUGUUUUAAAGACGAAAAAAAUUUUAGACUAUUGAAUGGUUACUUUGGUGUCAAUAAAAAUGAAAAUUCUCCUAGAUUUUGCAUGAAGCUUUGUCUUCAGUCUGGAUUUCCAUAUGCAGGAGUGGAAUAUUCGAAUGAAUGCUUUUGUGGAGUGGACGAACCUCCGUUGACAUCUAAAAUUCCCGAUUCAUCUUGUAAUCUAAAAUGCCCUGGUGAUCAGCAUUCCACUUGUGGGGGUUACUACACUAUUAACAUAUAUCAAACAGGAAUUAAAAAAUUUGUUCCGCAAAUAGCGAACACUGAACUUAGUAUUAGUAAAAACAGCUCAGUGAAAAUAGUUUUCCUGUUAACUUUAAAUGGGAGAGCGGUAAGACAGGUCAGAAGACUUCUUAAGAUUCUGUAUCACCGAGAGCACUACUAUUACAUUCACGUCGAUGUUAGGCAGGAUUAUCUAUAUAGGGAGUUAUUAGCUUUAGAAAAACUGUUGCCGAAUGUACGUCUCACUCGUCAGAGGUUCGCAACGAUAUGGGGAGGGGCGUCUCUUUUGGAGAUGCUGAGGUCUUGUAUGUGGGAGCUGCUCGACAUCAGGGAAUGGAACUGGGACUUUGUUCUGAACUUGAGCGAAUCGGACUUUCCCGUUAAAACAGUCGCCCAACUGACGCGCUUUCUCGAAUCGAAUCGCAACCGUAACUUUGUUAAAUCUCACGGUCGGGAAGUCCAACGUUUCAUCCAAAAACAGGGCUUAGACAAGACUUUCGUCGAGUGUGAAACGCGUAUGUGGCGGAUCGGUGACCGUAAGCUACCGUACGGAGUGCAAGUUGAUGGCGGAAGCGAUUGGAUCGCACUUUCGAGGAAAUUCGUGCAGUUCGUCGCGGAUCCCGUACCGGACGACUUAAUAUCGGGGCUUUUAAAAAUUUUCAAACACACUUUACUACCCGCCGAAUCGUUUUUUCAUACCGCUCUGAGGAAUUCGAAGUUUUGCGACACUUAUAUCGACAAUAACUUGCACGUCACCAAUUGGAAAAGGAAAUUGGGUUGUAAAUGUCAGUACAAGCACGUAGUGGACUGGUGCGGUUGUAGUCCGAACGACUUUCGUCCGGAAGACUGGCCCAGGAUACAAAACACGCUCUCUAGACAGUUGUACUUCGCGAGGAAAUUCGAACCGAUCGUGAACCAAGCUGUGAUAUUACAACUGGAGCUGUGGCUGUACGGAUUAGAGCAGCCGUCAAAGAAGGUUCAGAACCUGUACAGUUACUGGCAAAGCGUCUAUCACCACCAAGAUUUAGGCGUGGUGCCCAACGACGGUUUACUAACUUUAGGAAAUAGCAUUAUAAGACAAACCGUAAAGAUUUUUCACAAGUCUAAUUCGACGCCUUGCGACUUAGAUAUCGGUUCGCUGUUGCAAGUCCAUACUUACCACCACAAUGAUUCUCACAAAUAUAAUUUGUUUUACCUCAAGUCGUCGAAGAGCAAUAUGGAGGUAGCGGUGAAAUACGUCAAUAACGUCACCGUGAAAAAACCAUCUCCACUCGUAGAUCUUCUCGGGAGUUUGUAUGUCGGCAGCGAUUACGAUCAGAAGGAGCAGAUCUCGAGGAAUUUCUUAAAGAUCUUAUCUCCGUUCUCCGAACCGGUACUGGUGUAUCGUUUUGCUGUGCAACACACUUCGAAGGUGUACAACUUGACUUGUCUCUGGCUCAGCCCGGAUGGUCACUUGCAAGACGUGUCGGAUUUCACGCUAGACGAGUCUGCUUUGGCCGGACACGUGAAGCCUGCCUUGAAACAGCCGAUUUUGCCGGGUAUUUGGAAGGCGAAACUGAUCUACAAGAGCACCAUGCUGGCUCAGGUGAAGUUCCUGGUGAUUCCGCUGGAAACCUACUCGGGGAAACCCAUCAAGACGGUCCAAGCCCUGUACGCAAACGCCGGCUCCGUCAGCUCGAAGGACUUCCGAGGCAUGUACGAGAACUUCACCCCCGACGAUUUCCAGAGGGCCGCGCUCGAGAGGCUGAGUCAAUCCAACGCCAAGAGGGAAGGACACGCCCUCUCGCUCUGGAUCGACGAUCUGGUGUCUAGAUUCUACGGCAUCAAGAAAGUUUGCGCGGUGAACGUCGGCGAUAGUGACGUGUGCGGUACGAAGGUUAGCGCUUGCGCCGAGACGGACUGGAGCUCCUUUGCUCACGACCCGAAGAGUGCCAUAGGGACCGUUAACGAGACGACAGGGACCUUCGAUAUUUGGUGAAUCCCGGAAGCAUGGUAAAUAAAAAACGGCACGAGCGGUUUGUAUAGUCGAUAUUUUUCGAGAUAAAUGAUGUAUAUUUUUCAGUAUAUCAGAUAAUGGCAAGUUUAAAAUAUAAAGUCCGUAAGGUUUUUAAUGGUACAUCUAAUCGUUGAGUUUUCUAGUUAAAAUAAUUUGUGACAAAACAGAUCUGACGGGCGGAGCCUAACGGGAACGUAUGAUUCUACUUUUUAUUUACCAUGCUCGAAGGUUGUUCUCUAACAUAUGUGAUAAAUAUUGGUGCUCAAUUAUAUUACAAAUAAUUCAUUGUUCAUCGACUGAUUAGAACUCCUACAAAGGAUUUCCGGUGCCCACUUUCUCUUCUAGACCUUUUAAAUUAUAUUUUUCAUUUAUUUAUUAUGUGUGGAAAAUUGUGAAAGAUAAUCCAAACGAUUAGAUAUUUCACAUAUACAGCGUGGUCCAUUAAGUAUCAGGACACCGUUUAAUUUUUUUUUGGGAUGCCUGAUUCACGUAAUCUUUUUUAUAAAUAAUGAAAUGAUAACUGAAAUAAGACGUUUGGACUACUCCACCAGAUUCUUAACAUCGUGAUGAGACGUUUGAACUACUCCGUCAGAUUUUUAACAUCUUGCUAAAUUUGUUUAUAUUUUGAUAAACAAAAAGGUAUUCAAAUUAAUAAUUAACGGACCUGCUACAAAUUUAAAUUUUAACGUGCGUUGAAAACUAUUAAGUAUAUAUAUUUUUUGAAAGAUAUUUCCACCAUGAAAUAUAGAAAUGCAAAUGAUUUCUCGUUCAACAAUCUACAACUGAAAUAAGACGUUUGAACUACUCCAUUACGUUUCCCGUUUUAGUUUAAAAAUCUAGAACGCAUUGAAAAAAGCCUAUUUCCAUAAGCUGACGAUUGUUUGCCAAUUAUGAAACGUUUGUGUAAUUAGCUAAUUUUUCAUCAUCUUAAAACAUUUCCAAAGCCUCCUAGAUUGCUAAACUGACAGAAAAAUAGUUCCAAGGAAAUCGUAGCAGGCUGUGGAUCAUUGUAAUUUUCUUCUAAACUUUUUAAAUUGGGACAUUUAAUUUUUUUUUGGGAUGCGUGAUUCACGUUAAUCUUUUUUUAUGAAUAAUGAAAUAAGACAUUUGAACUACUCCACCAGAUUCUUGACAUAAUGAUGAGACGUUUGAACUACUUCAUAUUUUUAAAAUCUUGCUACAAUUGUUUCGUCAUUAAUGGUCACAUUAUAUUUUGAUAAGCAAAAAGGUGUUCAAAAUUAAUAUUUAACGGAUCUGCUACAAAUUUAAAUUUUAACGUGCGUUGAAAAGUAUUAAGUAUAUAUUUUUUUUAAAAGAUAUUUCCACCAUGAAAUAUAGAAAUUCAAAUGAUUUCUCAUUCAACAAUCUGCAACUAAAAUAAGACAUUUGAACUACUCCAUUAGGUUUCUCGUUUUAGUUUAAAAAUCUAGAAGGCAUUGAAAGAAGCCUUGUUCCAUAAGCUGACUGUUGUUCGCCAAUUACGAAUCGUGUGUGUAAUUGGCUAAUUUUUCGUCAUCUUCGAGCAUUUCCAAGGCCUCCUAGAUUGCUAAACUGACAGAAAAAUAGUUCCAAAGAAAAUCGUAGCAGGCUGUGGAUCAUUGUAAUUUUCUUCUAAACUUUUUUAAAUUAUAUUUUUAAUUUUUUUAUUAUGUGCAGAAAAUUUUGAAAGAUAAUCCAAACAAUUAUAUAUUUCACAUAUACAGUGCGGUUCAUUAAGUAUCGGGGCGCUAUUUAAUUUUUUUUAGGAUGCGUGAUUCACGUUAAUGUUUUUUAUAAAUAAUGAAAUAAGACAUUUGAACUACUCCACCAGAUUCUUGACAUUGUGAUAAGACGUUUGAACUACUCCAUCAGAUUUUUAACAUUUUGCUAAAAUUGUUUUUCAAAUGAUUUCUCAUUCAACAAUCUGCAACUAAAAUAAGACAUUUGAACUACUCCAUAGGUUUCCCGUUUUAGUUAAAAAAUCUAGAUGGCAUUGAAAGAAGCCUUGUUCCAUAAGCUGACGGUUGUUCGCUAAUUACGAAUCGUGUGUGUAAUUGGCUAAUUUUUCAUCAUCUUCGAGCAUUUCCAAAGCUUCCUAGAAAAUCGUAUGCAGGCUAUGGAUCAUUGUAAUUCGUUCAGUAACGAAUAACACAUAAAAAAAUUCAUUUGAAUUGCGUUUCAAAAAAAAAAGAUAGAUGUGUUGGUGAAUAAUGGACCAAAGCACAUUUUUUUUAAAUAUAGAGAAAAAUGUCUACUUUUCUGUGUUUCACGAAUGGGCAACGGACGAUCCUGUUAACAAUAAUAAAUACUUUUUGAAUAAUUAACAUCUGUAAUAAAUUAUGGACAAAAACCAAUAUUUCCUCUGUAACAAAUCUAAUAAUUAUUGUACCUAAUACAUCUAAAUGUUCCAAUUUGACCAAAUAAACUGACACUUGAGAAACGGCAUUUUAAAAAAUCCC